GUCCAUGGACAACUCAUCUGAACUCAUCGUUUAUUCAAAACUUUGUAAUUUGUUAAAAAAAAACAAUUGAUCCACUGUAAAAAAUUAUAUCUAUUUUAAGUUAUCUCAAGAAAAUUGAAUUGAAAAUAUUGAACUGAUAGUUAAAAACUUAGAUUAAAUUAUGCUAACCAGAAGAGGAAAAAGGAUUUAUGAAUAUUUGACGAACACAAAUGAAGAAGAGCCAAAUAGUGAAUCGUCAGAAUGUGUACCGCCUCCAAAGAAAAAAAAGGUGCCAAAAAUUUUGGAUGGUCAAUUUUACGAGAUAAUAUCAAUUGAUGAAGAAGACAGAGUUAUCGCAAAGUGUACAGAAUGUUUGGAAAUAAAGAAAGGAAAUUUGAAGAGCACAGGCAAUUUUAAGACACAUUACAAGAUCCAUGGAAGCCGUUUGAAAGAUUUGGAUGAGUAUCUCAAAAACAAAACCUUCGUAAUGCCAGAGACGUCAAACUCUAAACAGUCAGAUAUUCGUGAUGUAUUGCCAGCAGUUUCUACCGAUAAGAUUUCAUCGAAGCUGCUUGACCUCGUGGUCGAUGGAAAUCUAUCAUUUAAUGUUGCGCAGUUGCCAUCACUUCAAGCGUUAUUAGAAACUGUUAGCGGAAGAAAAAUAAUGCUACCGUCAAGACGUAAAUUUAUGUCAACGCUCAAUGAAAAGUUCCAAUCAAUGAAAACUGGUCUUAAAGAACUUUUGGCCCAACAAUUAUAUUUGUGUAUCACUUGCGACGUAUGGUCAAGCAGAGGACAGAGUUACUUGGGCGUGACGGUACAUUUUCUGGAUGAAUCUCUCGAAAGUAACAACCAUCGCCAAUCACACGUAUUAGCAUUUAAGCGUCUGUUUGGUCGACAAACAUACAUUCAGCUAGCGCAAAAAUUAGACGAAAUUUUUGAAGAUUACAAUAUCGAUAUUGAAAAGGUAACAAAUAUUGUCACGGAUGGAGGUUCAGCAUUCUGCAAAAUGUUUCGGAAAUUUGGAACUGAUCCCGACGCAGAAAUUUCCGAAGAUUAUGAUGAAGAUGAUGGUGACUGUGAUGAUGAUAGCGACGAUUUGCAUCGGAAUGAACCCGACGGUGAUGGCACUAAUAGUGAAACACAAAAUCCAAACAUAAUAUCGCUAGGAGAUACAGUGUAUAUGCGAAAUGAAACGGGCGAACUAUUUGCCAGUGAUAUUUUGGACUUUGAUUCGCAAAACCAAACUCCUACGAGCAGUGAAGGUUAUUUUGGUGGGAAUUCUCCUCAACUCCAAAUCACACUUCCCCCGCAACGUCGCUGUUUUUCGCAUAUGUUGAAUUUGGUUUCAAAUUCUUUCGACGAACUCCUACCACCCCUUGCCAAAGAAGCUAUGAAUGCCGUGUAUGAGAAGCUACGAUCGCUCUGGAAUAAAACGCACCGUAGUAGUCAUUCAAAAUCGAUAUGCAAACAAAUUUUGGGAUGUGUUCUACGAACACCUUGUGAAACAAGAUGGAAUUCAAAAUUUGAUGCCAUUGCACAAAUCCAUGACAUUAAUAAGUUGGAAACUGUUCAACCAGAAGGAACAAAAGUUAAUGUACUAAUUUCACAGCUCCGAAAAGAAGUAAAGUCAGCAGCACUGCUCCAAAACCUGACAUCCACCGAUAUUGUUGUAAUCGCCGAAUACGUUAAAGUUAUGGGUCCAGUUGCAAGAGCCUUAGACGUUCUACAAGGAGAACAUAAUUGCAGUCAAGGUUUUAUUCUGCCCGUCCUAACUUCAAUGAAGCAUGCUAUAGAAGAAUACAGAACGAAUUCACCCAUUGGAUCCGAUUUUAAGGCAACAAUGUUGAAAGUAAUUGUGGGCUCUGAUCGUAAUCAUGGUGAACUAAAUAGCAAGAACAUUGGUCGAUUUGAGAAGUAUUUUGAGUUCACUGAACAAAAUAAAGAACUUAUUUUAGCAUCACUAACAGUGCCAAAGUUCAAAGCAGAUUUCAUCUGUUCUGAUGAAGAUUUCAUGUCAGCAAAACGUUUAUUGGUUGCUGAAUGUAAUAAGUUCAUCGAUGUCCGACCAACUCUGACCGCUGAACCUGAACUGAACGAAGAACAAGACGAUUUUUUUGUUUCUUUUGCAUCGCGAAGACUUGCAAGAAGUACUUCGCUUGAAAGUGAAAUAGAUUCAGAAGUGUCGCGGUAUUUGGCCGAUCCUGAAGGGAACUAUAGCAUGUUAAAUAAAUAUCCAACCAUACGGUCAAUAUAUUUUCGUUACAACACAACAUUAUCUUCGUCCGGAGCUGUUGAAAGACUCUUCAGUCAAUCACUACUAAUCUUCACGCCAAGACGAAAUCGCAUUUCCGAUGAACAUUUUGAACAGAGUUUAUUACUAAAGUACAACCGAAAAUUAAUUAAAGAAUAAUACUCGACGUUUCAAAAAGAAUAAUUUAUGCACUUGAAUAAAAAAGAAUGAAUA